AUGAAGCUGUCAUCUCCCGAGAUCGCUGGCAAGUGUCCCGCGAGGACCGCCUUCUGCUGGCGCAGCUGCAGAGACAGCUGCGAGCCGGUGCGGCCGAGCGAUGUCAUCGUCAGCGGGGACGCCUGCAAGAAGGCCGGCGCCAGCCUGGGCCCGGUGGCGUCGAAGAGCGCGUGCGAGACGACUCGCAAGUACUGCAACGGCGGCCGGCAGGCGCCCAUGAAGGCCGCGAGGGCGGUCGGCCCAGUGCAGCUGGACCAGUGCGCUAACAUCGCCCUGGGCGCGUGCCAGCAGGACACCAACAACGCGUGGAGCUGGCGCCACCCCUGCGGCCGGGAGCUGCGCGGCGGCUACGCGCAGUGCUCCGCGCAGGACUUCAAAGCCUUUUUUGAGGGCGACUCGCGCGACCUGUGCUUCAGCCUGGCGCGCGACGUCACCGGCGUCCAGCCGGGCACCAACCAGUGGGCCGACGAUGACGACAACAACGCAAACUACGGCGGCGGCGGCAACAACGCAAACUACGGCGGUAACAACGGCGGUUACAACGGCGGUUACAACGGGCCGGUCCCGGCAAGGGGCCCGGCCGGCGGCCCCGCGCAGCCGCCGGCGGCCGGCGCGCAGCAGCCGCGCGGCGGCGUCUCGGGGGGCCCGGUUGUGCUGCGCGGCGCGCCCGUGAAGGCGCCGCAGCCGGCGGCGCCGGCCAAGGCGGCUGCGCCCUCUCCCAAGCCGACCGCCGUCCCUGCGCCCGGACGCCCGCAGGCCGGCGGCCCCGCAGGGCUGGGGCUGCUGCAGGGGCUGGGGCAGAGGGCGGGCAACCCCCAGGGGCUGUCGGGCCUGUUUGGCAGUGGCAUGCGCCAGCUGGGCCUCGUCGCGGGCCGCCGCUUGCUGGCUGCCUGA